UCCGCACACCCCAUCAUGGCGCUGCGGCGGCCGGAGCUGCUCCGGCUCCUGCUCCUGCCCCUGCUCGGCUGCAGACUCUUGGCUGUGGAGCUGACAUCCAGCAACACCAAGCCCGUGGUGCAGGAAUUCCAAAGUGUUGAGCUGUCCUGCAUCAUUAAAUCCACGGUGACGCCAGAUCCCAGAAUCGAGUGGAAGAAAAUUCGAGAUGGAGAAACCUCUUACGUGUUUUUUGGCAACAAAAUGCAGGGAGACUUUGCGACUCGGGCAGAGAUUCUGAGCAGGACGUCCCUGGUGAUUAAGAACACCACGAGGAUGGACACGGCCACGUACCGCUGCGAGGUGGCCGCGCCCUCCGACACCAAAACCAUCGACGAGAUAAACAUCCAGCUGACAGUCCAAGUGAAACCCAUGACUCCCAGAUGCUCUGUGCCUAAAGCUGUCCCUGUUGGCAAGUCAGCCUCUCUUCACUGCCACGAGAAUGAAGGUUUCCCCAAAUCCACCUACAGCUGGUACCGCAACAGCGAGCCUCUGUCACCCGACAGCAAAUCCAGCACCAAGUCCCACAACUCCUCCUACACCCUGAACCCCGCCACAGGCACUCUGGUUUUCCAUGCAGUGCACAAAGGUGACACAGGUCGUUAUUACUGCAUAGCAACAAACGAGGCUGGCUUUGCCAAGUGUGAGGAGCAGGAGAUGGAAGUCUAUGACCUCAAUAUUGGUGGGAUAAUCGGGGGAGUCCUGGUGGUCCUUGCAGUCCUGGUGCUCAUCACUCUUGGGAUCUGCUGUGCCUACAGAAGGGGAUACUUUGCAAAUGGCAAAGAGAGUGGGGAAAGCUACAAGACUCCAGCAAAGCCUGAUGGCGUUAACUAUAUCCGGACAGAUGAUGAGGGUGACUUCAGACACAAGUCUUCAUUUGUCAUCUAAGACGCCAAAAGGAAAUUGCAAACCAGCAAAAGCAAGUGUGAAAAUACCUCCUCCAGGAACUCAAAGCAAGAGCAAAAGAUGAAUUAAGUGCGCUUGGAAGAGUUUGGAACACACAAGAACUCGAUAGCUAGCUAUCUGUAUAUCUUUUUUUUCUUUGCCAAAGUUUAAAGUAACUCCUCACUGCCCAACUCGCGUCUCCCCUGCCUCCGGAGAUACCAACAGGAUCACCCAAACCUGUCCUUGGACUGAGGAAAGGUUUCAGUCCUUCCCAAGAGACUGGGCUGUGGAAGUUUGUGGAAUUGCCUUCUCUUUGUGCUGCAGGGACACAGCCACAAUGUGCAAACCAAGCAGGGGCACAGCAUUAGGUAAACCUGUAGUAGACAUGACCAGUAAUGCGUUACUAGUAGACAAAAAAAGGUGCUGAUACAGCAGUAGAUGGACUUCAAGGAGUGAGAUUUGGGGGAUUUCCUCCCAACAGCUCAUUGCCCAGGCCUGGCUGGUGACUUUUCCACAUCUGUGGUUGUCUUGUGCUUGGCUCUGCUCAGGUGCACGGGGGGGGAUCUGUGCCCAGCCACCAGUGACAGUGACAACACCACUAAUGCCCCCAGCCCUGCUGUAACCGUCCCCAAAUGCUGUGAUUUAACAGGACCCCCAGGGCAGGGGCAGUGCCUCUGCUCCCUGCCUGGCAGGGCUCCCUGCACGCAGGUAACCCUUGCUCUAAUCUGCACAAAGCAGGCUUGGCUCCUGCGCCUUUCCGUGGGGAAAGAGGCUUAGAGGGGAGGCAGAGAACCAGUGCUAAGACAUCCCUUUCAGGAAAAUUAAAGCCAAAUGAUUUCCUGGGCUAAGAUUGCCAUAAAAGGUACUGAGAGAUCCUCCAGCUUUUUUUACCUUCUCCGUUUAUUUUGUAAAACCCCCACCUUCUAAAUUUUUUGCAAAUAUCUAUUUUGAUUACUUCAGAAAAGGUAACAUUUCUAUUUAAAAGUGUAAAUAUGUGAUGCCAGCAGUGUUUGAGUAACGGAGCUAUUUUUUUACUGUUGAAGCUACAGGAGAGGAGCUCACACUUUGCUAUAGUGUGGCACUGUCAGAGCAUAUCAGUAUUAGUGCAAAGUGUAACAAAAAGCUGCAGGUGGAACAGCAUCUCUUUCCUCUUCAGCCAGCUUCAGCCACUUCCUUGUCACAAGAGGUCUUACCAGACACAGAACAGAGUCACUCAGGGAUAGUUUUUGUAAAUUUAUGGCAGGAGCUAUCAACUUUUUUAUACAAAAAACAAAACCCAACUUUUCUUGCCAGUGACCAACACUUUGUUUUUGUCGUUGCAAGAAAUAGCCAGGGAUGGCUUUUGGACUUGGUUCCAAAGAGGUGACAGAGUGACUUCAGUGUUUGCUGCCCCUCUGCAAGUUCCCUAAAGCACUAACACAGUGUGACAGCUACAGCAGCUUGGCAGGUUUAAACCACAUGGCCAAGGCCACUGUUUCUGGGGUUGGGAAAGCAAAAGCUCAACACAAAAGCACUUUUAUAGUGUCAGCUGAAAUUUUUCUCUAGAUGGUAAAGGAAAAAAAAAAAAAAAAAAUCAAAACCAACCAAAUUUGGUUCUCUUGGCUUUAGAGAGAAUGAUGGGGAACACGUUUCCCAAAAUAUCCAUGUUGAUAGUGUUGAACAGCAUUGGGUGAGACCAGGCUGCAAGACGUGGAUGCAACACUAGGACUGUGCUGUGGUUUAGGAAGUUUUUUAAUGUAGCAGAAUUUAGUGUUCUUGUAUUUCCAAUAUGAAUUGAAUUGUCUUAACUUUUCCUGUAUACAGUAUUUUGGAUACCUGACAA